AUGGUGAGGGCCUCUUUUCCCAUGGACUCUGUGACAGAAUGUGUCAUCGUAGCCUUAUUAGUCAGAGUUCCUAACAGCUCUUCAUCCCCAGGCCUGGAGAACAGCCCUUAUCGCCUAUCAGGGGCGCGCGGCGGCGACGCGCGGGGGGCGCAGCCUUGGCUGCACGGCGCGGGCCCGGAUGGCGGCCAGCGCGACGGGAACUUUAUCUUCGUGGGAGUCAUGACUGCCCAGAAAUACCUGCAGACCCGCGCCGUGGCCGCCUACAGAACGUGGUCCAAGACAAUUCCUGGGAAAGUUGAGUUCUUCUCUAGUGAGGGUUCAGAUACAUCUGUACCAAUUCCAAUAGUGCCACUGCGGGGCGUGGAUGACUCCUACCCUCCCCAGAAGAAGUCUUUUAUGAUGCUCAAGUACAUGCAUGACCACUACUUGGACAAGUAUGAAUGGUUUAUGAGAGCAGAUGAUGAUGUUUACAUCAAAGGAGAUCGGCUGGAGAGUUUCCUGAGGAGUUUGAAUAGCAGUGAGGCCCUCUUUCUGGGGCAAACAGGACUGGGCACUACAGAAGAAAUGGGGAAACUGGCCCUUGAGCCCGGUGAAAACUUCUGCAUGGGGGGGCCUGGUGUAAUCAUGAGCCGGGAGGUGCUUCGGAGAAUGGUCCCACACAUUGGCAAGUGUCUCCGGGAGAUGUACACCACCCAUGAGGACGUGGAGGUGGGAAGAUGUGUCCGGAGGUUCGCGGGUGUGCAGUGUGUCUGGUCUUAUGAGAUGCAGCAGCUUUUUUAUGAGAAUUAUGAGCAGAACAAGAAGGGGUACAUUAGAGACCUCCAUAACAGUAAAAUUCACCGCGCCAUCACAUUACACCCCAACAAAAACCCGCCCUACCAGUACAGACUGCACAGCUACAUGCUGAGCCGCAGGAUCGCCGAGCUGAGGCACCGCACGAUCCAGCUGCACCGGGAGAUCGUGCUGAUGAGCAGAUACAGCAACACAGAGGUCCACAAGGAGGACCUGCAGCUGGGCCUGCCCCCUUCCUUUAUGCGCUUCCAGGCCCGCCAGCGCGAGGAGAUUCUGGAGUGGGAGUUUCUGACUGGAAAGUACUUGUAUUCUGCUGCCGACGGCCAGCCCCCCCGGAGAGGAAUGGACUCUGCCCAGAGGGAAGCUUUGGACGACAUCGUCAUGCAAGUGAUGGAGAUGAUCAACGCCAACGCCAAGACUCGCGGGCGCAUCAUCGACUUCAAGGAGAUCCAGUACGGCUACCGGCGCGUGAACCCCAUGUAUGGGGCAGAGUACAUUCUGGACCUGCUGCUCCUGUACAAGAAGCACAAAGGGAAGAAGAUGACGGUGCCUGUGAGAAGGCACGCAUACCUGCAGCAGACCUUCAGCAAGAUCCAGUUCAUGGAGCACGAGGAGCUGGACGCGCCGGAGCUGGCCAGCAGGAUCAACCAGGACUCUGGCUCCCUGUCCUUCCUCUCCAAUUCCCUGAAGAAGCUCGUCCCCUUCCAGCUCCCUGGGUCCAAGAACGAACGCAAAGAGCCCAAAGAUAAGAAGAUAAACAUCCUGAUUCCUUUGUCUGGACGUUUUGACAUGUUUGUGAGAUUUAUGGGAAACUUUGAGAAGACCUGCCUCAUUCCAAAUCAGAAUGUCAAGCUUGUCGUUCUGCUUUUCAAUUCUGACUCCAACCCUGACAAGGCCAAGCAGGUGGAACUGAUGAGAGAUUACCGUGUCAAGUAUCCAAAAGCUGACAUGCAGAUUUUGCCUGUGUCUGGAGAGUUUUCAAGAGCUCUGGCCCUUGAAGUAGGAUCUUCUCAGUUUAAUAAUGAAUCUCUACUCUUCUUUUGUGAUGUUGACCUCGUGUUUACUGCUGAAUUCCUACAACGGUGUCGAGCAAAUACAGUUCUGGGCCAACAAAUCUAUUUCCCGAUCAUCUUUAGCCAGUAUGAUCCAAAGAUUGUUUAUAAUGGGAAGGUUCCCAGUGACAACCAUUUUGCCUUUACUCAGAAAACUGGCUUCUGGAGAAACUAUGGGUUUGGCAUUACUUGUAUUUAUAAAGGAGACCUUGUCCGAGUGGGUGGCUUUGACGUUUCCAUCCAGGGAUGGGGGCUGGAGGACGUGGACCUCUUCAACAAGGUUGUCCAGGCAGGUUUGAAGACGUUCAGGAGCCAGGAAGUAGGAGUAGUCCACGUCCACCACCCAGUCUUCUGUGACCCCAACCUGGAUCCCAAACAGUACAAAAUGUGCCUGGGCUCCAAAGCAUCAACAUAUGGGUCUACACAGCAGUUGGCUGAGAUGUGGCUAGAAAAAAACGAUCCGAGUUACAGCAAAAGCAGCAAUAACAGUGGCUCCAUGAGGACAGCCUAAUGUCCAGCUCUGCUGGAAAAGACAUUUUUAAUUAUCUAAUUUAUUUUUCAAAAAGUUUUUUGUAUGAUCCAUUUUUGAAGUCCAAGGAUAUAUUUUCCAAGUGGUUUUCUUACAUAGGACUCCUUUAAGAUUGAGCUUUUUGAACAAAAAAUGUGAUCAGUGUUUGCCUUUGAACACAUCUUACUGCUGAACGAGAUGUAGCAGGCCUGCUAAAGUCCGACGUGAGACAUAGCUGAUGAACAAAACUUUUAUUGUCCUACAUUUUUUUGCAGACUCCUCUGCAGUCCUAUGGCAGAAAACAUCACCAUUCCUACAGAAUAUUGUUGUAACAGAACACUGUAAGGCUGGUGGAUGUUCUCUUGUGACUGUUAACCUUACAGAUUCUACCUUUGUUGUGUUUUGUUUUUAACAACAGCUAUUUGUUCUUAAAGCCCAUUUGUGUUCCAUUUGUAAAGAAGGUAAUGUGAUAGUAGUGGGUCCUCACCUUGUGGAAACUUGGAUUCUUCCCCCUUAGCUGUGCGCCACCCAUCAAGGCCAGGAAGGUGUCUGUGAGUGAGGGGCAAGAGGAAAGUGCAGCGAGACUGGUGGCGGCUUUUCUGCAGCUCCUCCGCCCCACACACACCUGGUGUGAAUUCCAAGAAGGGCCGGGCAUUCUCCUCUCUUCCCGACCCUUCUCUUUAGAGGGUAAAAUAUUGAUAUUUAGAAUGACAAGGAAGAAUUAUUGUAAUAAUCCUAAUGUAUGCAGGCUAAACAAACAAAAGCACCCUAAUGAAAACAUUGGGGGAAACAUACUUGGUUUUGUUUGCCUCAUCUUGUCUGUAAAAUUGGUGGAGAUAGUUACUUCAUUCCUUAAUUGCUGUUUUGUUUUAUCCUUUGUAUCUGAAGUACCUUUAAUUUAUUUAAUAUCCAUGACUUAGGACUCUGGCAUUCUGAAUACCCGUCACUAGUAUUUAUAUGUACCAGGAGUGUGGUUAGUAUGUUUUAUUUGCAGUAUACCGAUCUCCAAAGACUUCCUUUUGAAAGUACUUUUCUG